AACCCACAACUUGUCAAUGGUUUUCUUUAAGGAGCCGCAGAGUUAAAGCAAUCCACCAUUUUGUCACACAGUCGUACUAAUGACGUCGUCGACCAUAUUUAAAGAACAUUAACGAAGAAGCUCACGUUAAUGCGUACCAGCUGCACCGAGACAACAGUAACACACGUACAAACCAAUUAAAUAAAUACAUAUUUGUCAGGUUAUUGUAAUGCUCAAACUGCAAUAGAAUUAUUUUUGUUUUAUUUUUUAGAAUUAAACUGACACCAGGCAUUGCAGAACUGGUCUUGCCUUUUUCUUUUUUGUUUCUUAGUGGCUUCCCCCACUGCAAGUGUGUGUGAGUUUGUUAUGACUAUGAUUAACAGUUGACUUCCUUCCUUUACCUCCAUUUAGACAAGCGCGACCACAGGAUAUAGAAAACCUGGUGUCAUGUGACUGAUAACCAAAACAAGAAAGUGAGUACUGUACGUCCCCCGAAAAGACAAGACUGGACAUGGAAAUGAAACAGUGUUCAGGAAGUACCAGAGACCUGUGACCCAGUGACAGUCAGAGAUGCAUCUCUACUACGCUGUCACUGUCAUCAGCUGGUUCUGCUUUCUCACCGGUUCCUCUGCCGAAGAAUGCUGCCCGGCUGUUUUGGCAACACGUGCAACAUUCUUUGUAGCAGAAGGCAGAAGUUUGUCCUUAUCCUGUGUGGUCCAGCACUGUGGACAACCCUGGACGGGAACGUGGGUUUGGAAAAACACAACAAGUCAAACAUUCACCGCCGUGAACUUUGACAGGCAUCGUUUGACCAGAGGGUCGGUGUCAGGAAACCAAACCAACCUGGAUUUAAAUCUGCUGCGUGUCCUCCGGUCGGAUGAAGGCUCCUACAAGUGUUCAGUGACAUGGGAGGACGAUGACACUGAUCAAGGGAAUUUAAUGUACGUCAACGUCACAGGAGCCGUUCCUUCUCAGAGAGUCCCUCAUCACAGACUUCUGGUCUGUUUCGCUGCUUUUCUCUGUCUUCCUGUCAUCCUUGGACUCGCCCGUGGCCUCAGUUCAAGGACCAAACCUGAGCCACGUGUUGGGACUCGGUCCACACACACACCUAGACACAGAAGCUGUUCACAUUCUCCUCUUCCUCCUCCUCCUCUUCCUCCACAACGAAACCUAGCGAGGCAGAAUCACUCCCGUGCAGUUGCAGCUCUCGACGUGUCGGAGAAAAAACACGAGGUGGUGUAUACAAGUGUUCGUUUGGACAAACGGAGUCAGAACAGGGUCCCGGAAGAAUCGACGCAGGCGACGGUUUACGCCUCGGUCAGAUUUUCCUAAAGGCAUUCCAAGGCACGGUGGAGAUGAAACGUUUGUGGAGAAAUCUUUCAGACACUUUCAGGAGGACCUCACCAAUUUCUUGUGCACACCAGAAAGAUACGACAUGGACGAAAGAGGUCCGGAGCUUCUCACUGCCUGAGAGUACCUCAGGGAAUCGAACCCAGGACUCUGUGCCCUCUGCUUCAGAAGCGACUCUAACUUCAACUCUCUUUGGUGUGUUACCUUGAAAAGGAGAGGCUGAUAGAUAGAUAGAAUGACUGAUUGAUUGACUGGACAUAAAAUGCAAAAAUGCAAAGAUGUUACAUAUGUUUAGGUCAAUACAUGUGAAAAAAAGAGUUCUCGAUACUGUGAUGAUAAAUGAUGAUAAAUAUUAGGCGUGGCUCAAGAUCUGGGCGCAACCAAAAACAAAACCAGAACAGAAUCUGAAAAAUUAAGGAAAACACGGAACUGACACAAAAUACAACAUUUUUAUUUUAGAAUAAAUUCUCAGGUACACGUUACAUAACCAAAUAUACAUAUACAUGUUUAGACAUCUCUUAAAUUAACACAUUUACUCAAUCGUCUUAUUUUGUUAAAUUGCGUACUCUGCUCUUACAAUUUUACAUAUUUUGACAUUAACUCAAAAAAAGUGAUUCCUUCAAAAAAAUAAAUUAAAGCCUAUGUACAAAAAAAAAACAUCUGCUAGAGUCAACCUGACUUCGCUUCUUGCUUCAUUUCCUCUUCACAAUUUUCAUUUCCUCUUAUCUUUACUAAUAGUAAAAUUAUUGGUUUAAAAUUAAGACAGCUUGUCAAACUUCAUAUAAGGGUUUUUUGUUUUUUUAGGGGCUUGAGCCUCAAAAUGUGUUUGUUUUGAUGGGACAGGAAUUCAACAGGUUUUUAAGCCUGUGUAACAAAAUGGAGAUCCAUAUGUUUGGUAACAGGAAACACACAGAUGACGUCUUUUAAAGCUUCUAUUUGACUCAUUAACUUCCAUUUACAUCCCUUACUACGGUCUGUAAUGUUGUGCUUAUAAGCAAGGGGCUUUUUAAAAAAAAUAAUUCUGAGCUACAAUAUAAUAACAAAACAAAAAAAAAUAAGUACAAA